UCCGCGGCCGGGAGGAGCCAGCGCCGCACCGAAGCAUGCCGGGGCCUUGGGCCGCGCCGUGGCGCGGGCCGGCUCGGCGGGGCCGGCAGUGAGCGGGUGGCAGGAGCCGCCGCCGCCGCCGCCACCAUGAAGAGCCCCCGGGAGGACGGGGAGCCGCCGCCAGUUGACUGCAUCCAGCUGAAAGUGCCAGUCAUUCAGCAGCUCUACCACUGGGAUUGUGGGCUGGCCUGUUCCAGGAUGGUGCUGCAGUAUCUGAAUCACUGGGACAAUGAUGAAUUUCAGAAAGCCAUCCAGGAACUCCAGUUAACAAAGAGUAUCUGGACUAUUGACCUGGCCUACCUAAUGCGGCACUUUGGUGUCAAGCAUAAGUUUUGCACCCAGACACUUGGAGUGGACAAGGGCUACAAAAAUCAGUCAUUUUACAGGAAGCACUUUGACACAGAAGAGAAUCGAGUGAAUCAGCUCUUUGCACAAGCCAAAGCCUGCAAGGUGCUGGUGGAGAAGUGCACAGUAACUGUUCAAGACAUUCAGAACCACCUGUCUCAAGGUCACGUAGCCAUUGUCCUAGUGAACGCCGUCCUGCUGUUAUGUGACCUUUGCUCAAGUCCUGUCAAAUACUGCUGCUUCCUCCCCAUUGGACAGAAGUGCUUCUGCAGGAAUCCUGACUACCAGGGCCAUUUCAUUGUGCUAUGUGGCUACAACAAAGCCUCAGGGAGUAUUUACUACAACAACCCUGCCUAUGCUGACCGAACGUGCUGCACCAGCAUCAGUAACUUUGAGGAAGCCAGGACAAGUUAUGGCACUGAUGAAGACAUUCUGUUCAUCUACACAGACAGCUGACAUCCACACCUGAUGCUCCUGGCCCUUUCCUGUGCAGCCUGCAUGGCAGCUGGCUGCUUAUCUCAGGACUGCCCCUGCAGAGACCUUGCUCCUGAACUGCAGUGGGAUCUUAAACAAGGGAGGCUUUAUAGACAUUGAUAGGACUAUAUUACAAUGCUGUCUUUACCUUUUUUUCCUCAUGAUGUAUCUAAUUUUGCAUUGUAUGUCUGGUUUUGGUGUUUGGUUGGUUUUUGUUUGUUGUUGGUUGUUUUUUUUUUCUCAACAUUGCACAUUUGACAGCAGUUUUAAAAUACGGCCCCAGAGCCUAAUUUGCUCUGAGCUUAUUUUCAAAUUAAACACAUGAGAAAAAAAGCACCAGAUUUAUGAACUUUAACACUUGGUACUACAUGCACAGGUUUAGCUAAACAGAAACAGGAGGGGAAAAAAGAGAAUACCUGUUUCUCUGUCAAAGCAUCAAGGGCUGAUCUUCAUCCAAAAUCUAGGGAUUUGAGGCUCAGCAGGGUGUUAUGGAAGGAAAAAAUAUUAAUUUAAAACCACUGUUAAAUUACAAAAAAAGCCUAGCUGGCUCAUCAGGUCUGUGUUGUAGGAAUGAAACGCAUUUACCCAAAUUCACCUUACACAAAUACAGCAUUUAUGCCACUGCAUUCUGUUUUGAAUCGUAGUUAUUAGUGUUGUUCCCUUGUCCCACAGACUUAAUCUCUUUUGGCUAAAUCCUCUAGGAUGAUUGCUCAGAGCUCCGUGUUGCCCUAGAAGUGAAGAUAUUUUAUUUGUACUUACAAGUCUUGCUUUUUGCCAAAACCUCUGAGCAUUAUGCCACCCCCAUGUGCCAGUUUCUGUAGGAGCCAUUCCAAAUAUAAACUUUAAACUUCAGCCAGUGCAGAAAAUGAGCAUCUACACUAAUGGCAUGCAUUUUGUGUGUAAAUGUAAAUAUCUGACAGUGUAUACUGGAUUAUAACUAAAAUGCUGAAUCAUUAUUUGAGCCAAAUUUUGCCAUUGGCAUUAGUUCAGAGACCUUCUAAGAAGAGCUGAAACCAAUUAAGAAGGGGGAAUACAAGUAAAAAGGCAGGAACUCAUUUUCUAGCUCUUAUGCUACAGUGUAAAUAUUGGGCUUAAAUUGGAGUUACUGUAUUCAGACAUCAAGUGAAACUGUUAGCGGCCCAUUCUUAAUUCUUUAAUGGUUUACAUGCGUUUAAUCACUUUGCUGAGGAGCGCUCUAAAGUGUAAGGAAUAGCCACUUACUUCAGAUUUCAUCCAUCACAAUUUCCUACAAGUCCUGAUCUCCAGUCCUGUCUGGGUUGAAGCGAGUAGAAAAAUCAAUACUGAUGUAAAGCUAGCACAAUUUUCUUUUGCACUUAAGACAGACAUCCUGCACCUCUGCCAUGGUGUUAGGAAAAGGAACUGUUCAAUUUCUAGAACUGUGUAAUAACGGUAGAAAGACAUUGUUACUUAGUGGUGGAGAUAAUAGGAAUCUACUUUAAGCAUUGUAAAAUCUUUUGCUAAAGAGAAAAGUUUUCUUCUAUCAUCAGUUUUUGACGUACUGAAUAAAUAGCUGGAAAGCAUUCAAUAAGUAAUAUUAGUAGAAUUAAAAGUCCUCCUUUGCACAAACAGAUGCUAACAGAUAUUUACAUGCAAUAGCUUUUAAGAAGUCCUGAACAAAAAGUAUCUGACAAGAAAUUUUCAGUGUCUCAUAUUUUGCUUAUAAUUGGUGAAGCUGGAAUACACUGCAAAAUGAGUAAAAAUUAGGAUGCAAUUUAUGAGUAGUAGAACCAGCACAUUAGUGGCACCCAGCAGAAUCACAGAAAAAAAGUACUAACCUGUUAUGGAUAAGGCCUUCUGAUCAGAAGUCAGUCACCAGAACGCUACUGAUGUGGGAAUUUUUAUGCCCCAAGUCCAAAUUCAGGAUGUUUGAUUUGGAGAGAUUGUAUUAGCUAUGUUACUAAUUAACAGGUAUGUGUACUACAGGACAGUAGAGUACUUUGUUAACCCCUGUGGUUUCAGGUAGGUAGUUCAUUCACUACCAGUGAACUGCCCCAGAUUUAUUUCAGAGCAGGCUUGGUUAGCUAAAUAAAAACAGUUCUUCAAAGGGCUUGUAACUGACAUUUAGCCUCUUACUGGUUUGGUUACCAAAUAUGAAUCGUGAGCUUAUGCAUAAAACAUGAACUUGAGAGCACGCUAAGUGUUCUGAAGUGCACAGAUAGGUGUAACAAUAUUGACUCUUCAAUAUUUGGUACCCAGAGUUUAAAUACUUCAACAAAACUGAAAGAUAAACAAAGCUGUUUAAGCUAAUACAGACGGAGAGCUCCACUGCUGCAACAGGAUCUCAUAGCUGCCAAAAGCAGGGUAGCUAUGAAGGAUGAAAACAUAAGAAGCAAAAGCCAAGUGAAGAGGCUGAGUAUUUAUAUGACACAAAUUCAGAUUUAAAAGCAGUUCACUGCACAUCUGCAUUUUCUGAAACUUUGUUUCCCAUUACAAGACUGUCUAUGAAAAUACUCAUUCUGAAAAUGUCACUUUGUUUCCUUCAUGAUGUCAAUAGCAAAGUAAGGGGUAUUUUACAUGCAGGGAUUUUAUACAUAAAUAUAUUUUUAUUUGUAAUUAAGCCAUUCUCAAUAAAGGAUUAAAGUCACAGAUAACCCUGUAACAUAAUGUGGCAAGUGCAUUUAUUAACUAACUUAUUAUGAAACAUGUUGGAAAAUCUUUAGAGCAUGUGUUACAUAUUUAACUGGAAGUGGCAGAGCUGAAAUUGUGAUUUGGGAAAAAACCCUAAAAGUUCAAAUACUUAUUUCAGCUAUGAAUUCAGAGUUGCUAGGCUGUAAAUUCUGCACUUUCUGAACACCCACUGUAUCACCUGAAUCACACUAAAGCAAAUUUCAAGAUACACUAGGAGCUGAGAACAGCAAAUGGAUUGUUGCUAUCUAUAUUCAACAGCUGCUUUGUGUACUCCACAACCACUGAGUACCCUACUGGAGUGCAGCUCCAGGGAAACAGUCUUCAUUACCCAUCCUUAUCCCUGAUAGCAUCUCCAUGGCUUUCUGUUCACAAUGCAUGGCACUGGCCUGGCCUAUGCUUCAGCCAGAGUUUCUAUUUUGGCCUCAUAGCACUGAGCUUCUGAAGAUACUAAAAGCUUCUGUCUGCAGCACUACUUCUGCACCUUGAAGGAGCCCAUCAAAGACAUUGGUCCAACUGUGCUUGUAAUUCAUAGUAUAAAGGGAAAUAGAACCAAAGUGAUCUUGCUUUGCAGUACCCAGAGAUCUUCAAACAACUUGGACAUGUUUGGGACAUUACUUAAGUCUAACAGAACUUUAUUAAAUAGUUUGUAAUUAAAAGACAGAUUAAAAUAAUUGAUGCCUUCUUUCUCCCUAAAUUGUGCUUUUGGGUAGAGGGUAAAGAACUGGAAAGCAGAAGUGAAUAGACACACGAUGCAAAGCCUAUGUGAAAAUUCUGAUCUCCUCUGAAUGCAUCAUUUCCAUCAAACUAUAUCACAAUAAACAAUACUGAAUACAUUUCAUCAUCACUUUAUAGCAACGUAAUCCUACUGGAUAUAUUUCUCAUAACAAACGAAAAGUUUGGACUCAUCAGUGUAAAUGAAAAAAAAAACCAACAAACCAAAACCAAAAC